AUGGUUGUUCGCUCACUUGAAGUGAGCAAAGAUCCAUUCCGACCUCAGGAAGAAAACGAAGAGCUACUUGGGCCUGAAGUACCAUAUCUUAGUGCAAUAGGUGCACUUAUGUAUCUUGCUAAUGCUACAAGACACGACAUAGCAUUUUCUGUUAAUUUGCUAGCAAGAUAUAGCUCUUCUCCUACACGGAGGCAUUGGAACGGGAUUAAGCAUAUAUUGCGAUAUCUGAAGGGAACUAGCGAUAUGGGUCUGUUUUAUACUAACAAAGGUAGUACAGAUCUUGUUGGUUAUGCAGAUGCAGGUUAUUUAUCUGAUCCACAUAAAGCUCGAUCUCAAACAGGCUAUCUCAUUUACAUACGGAAAUCUUUGCUAUAUCAUGGCGAUCGACAAAACGGUCCAUUGUUGCUACUUCUUCAAAUCAUCUUUGAGAUAAUCGCUAUUCAUGAAGCAAGUAGAGAAUGUGUGUGGUUGAGAUCAGUGAUCCAUUUCAUUAGAGAAAGAUGUGGCUUGAAGUGUGAUACAAAAAUACCCACAGUAUUAUAUGAAGACAAUGCUGUAUGCAUAACUCAACUAAAAGGGGGCUUCAUAAAAGGAGAUAGAACGAAGCACAUUUCACCAAAGUUAUUCUUCACACACGAUCUUCGUAAAAAAUGGUGA